AUGAACAACGAAGGCGUGUUACCUUAUUACACCGCCAGCAACCAUUCGAUGGGUGUGUUCAAAACUUCCAUGGGAGAUCUACAACGCCAACUGCAUAGAAGAGGAGAGUAUGACAUUUUUAAGUAUGCACCAAUGUUUGAGAGCGACUUUAUCCAGGUUAGCAAAAAAGGCGAAGUGAUCGAUGUACAUAACCAUGUUCGAAUGGUAACUGUGGGCAUCACAUCUACCAGCCCAGUCCUCCCACUGCCAGAUGUCAUGUUGCUGGCCCGGCCAGCCAGAGGCUGUGAAGACCGACCCACCAAAAAGAGAGGUCGAAAGAACACAAAGAAUUUAGAGCUUACCAGGCUUCUUCCCUUGAAGUUUGUCAAGAUCUCUAUACACAAUCGAGAAAAACAGCAACUGCGCCUGAAGCUUGCCACUGGCCGUACCUUUUACCUGCAGCUGUGCCCCUCUUCAGAUGCACGUGAAGACCUCUUUUGCUGCUGGGAAAAACUAGUCUUUCUCCUGAGACCAGCAAUGAAGAGUUACAGCAGUACCCCAUCCCUCCAAACUGUGGAUUUAGCGAACACAUCAUCUAUAUGCUUGGCAGAUGACAACAGGCACAUAAUGACUGCAGAUCUCCAUGCAGAAGGGGAUCGGGAUGAAAGCAGGCUUCGUAAGUCCCAGGAGGUGUCUGGAGCCACCUCUUCUGCUUAUGCAGGAGGAGAAGGAAUUGGAAUCCAACAGCCUUCUCAUGGAAUGCCUGGUGCCUCUUCUACAGCCAAGGAAUCGCCAGGGUCUGCCAAAAGAGCAGCAGUCGCAGGGGCGGCAGCAGGUCCCACAAUGGGAGCAGCAUUAGCAGGGUCAACAGAAGGUCCCUCAAUGGGAGCAGCGAUAGCAGGGGCCAUGGCAGGUUCCACAACAGGAGCAGCAAUGGCAGGAGCAGCAGCCAGCUCUAGAUUGGGAGCAGCAAUGGCAGGGGCAGCAACCAGCCCCAAAAUAGGAGCAGCAGUAGCAGGGACAGCAGCAGGCUCCACAAUGGGAGCUGCAGUAGCAGGGGCAGCAGCAGGCUCCACAGUGGGAGCUGCAGUAGCAGGGACAGCAGCAGGCCGUUCAGAAAGUACCAUAAGCAUUGCACUCACCAAGGCCUCAGGGCCAGCACAGACAAAUGUGGCCCUGGCAGGAGCAGUCGCCAAGAAUCCAAGAGUGAGCAGAGGACCCAGCAAGGCUGUAGCAGGUACUGCCAGUGUGCCCUCCGAGAGUGCUGAUGUGGUCUCGGCAAGUGCCACAGGCUCAUCUGCAGAGGGUAGUUCCACCCAAUCAACAGUGGCAAACAGUAACUCCCCAGAGAGCAGCUUUGAAGGAGUAACAACCAACAAACCUGUUGUAGAGAAUGCUGAAUUACCCUUUCUCUCCACCUUGAAAAGUAAAGGCCACGUGAGUGAGCGAGAUGGAAGCCAGAGGGUCUCCAAGCCCAACACCAAAGUUCAGAAGGAAAAAAAAGAAAGAAGAUCAAAGAGGGACAAAAUUCCCACUAGGAGAAGUUCUCAUCACCACAGGAAAACUGGAGACAAAUCAACCCGGAAAUCAUCCUCCCACCGGUUCUUAGCCACCCAUGGAACCAGGAGAGAGGAUAAAAAAGGGAAAGGUCAUGGCAGCACAAAGGGCAAAGGACAGAGGCCCUCAUCUCACAAAAGUAUCAGCUGCAGCCGCAGCCUCAGCCGCAGCCGCAGCCGCAGCCCCAGCCCAAAGGAGUUGAGGACAACUCAGAAACUGGGGCGGCCCCAAUCUGCAACAACUAGCUCAGCUCCAGUGGAUAAGGAAUUCAGCAAGAUCGGCUCUUUCUUCAGGAGCUUCAAAUCUACUCCUACUUCAAGAGCAGUGAUUACAGCUCAUGACUGA